UAUAAAAGCUCUAAGAUUCAAAGGAUUAAUCACAGUGCAUUUCUUGUUUGCAUCCAGCAAACUUUAGAGAUGUUGAAGUUACAUGUUCUCGGAUUUUUGGUCCUCGGAUGCUGCGCUCUCCUCCAAUUUGCCGCCACAGCGCCGACCGUUGUAGAAGAAACAACGACCGUAGACGCUGCUGAUGAUGGCGUAACCUUGUCCACCGAACUUAGACCUCCGCCUCUUCCGAUCGCAGGUCACGAACAUCGAGGAAUCGUCUAUUUGAUCAAUCUCUUCGCCGUCAAAAAUAAAACCAAUAGCCCGCCCGAGGAGAAAGAUGAAAAUAUGCUGACCGGUGACAGUGGCGAGGAAAUCGUUGGACCUCUAGCGUCGGUACUUUUGCUUUUCGAGGAUGACGACAACGACGAGGAGAUCGAUUUAGAUGACCUCGUUGAAAAAUCGCUGGAAGAAGAUUACGCAGUCGGGAGUGAUGAUUCGAAAAAAGAAGCAGAUGAAGUGACUACGGAAAUCGUAGCUGCAGAUAAGUUGCCGAAGAGGCUGAAAAAGAUACGCAGCAAAAGAACGCUUUGCAAAGCCUGCGGGGGUGGCGGCUACGGAGGAAAUUAUUAUCCCAAUCAAGGAGGUGGCGGACAACCCAGGGAUGUUGUCGUACCAGUUAUCGUCAUACCAAUUAGCGGCGGUGGAGGUGGAGGUGGUGGAAGAAAUCAGGGCGGUCAUGGUAGACGCGGUGGAGGACACCACGGGGGUGGUGGAAAUAAUUACUAUCCAACCGGUGGUGGCAAUAAUUACCAUCCUAACUACAACACGGGAUACGGCUACCCCAGUGGGGGUGGCGGCGGGGGCGGUAGAGGAGGUAGCAGUGCUCAGGCUUCGGCUCAGGCCUCAUCGAAUAGUUACUACUAAAGAUAGCCCAGCACUGAGACGCAGAGUUUACACGCAACUUAAUGAUAUCGCAGACGUAGAGAACUCCCAAGCGGCUAACGGGGCAAUAUCGAAGAAGGUCGUUUGGGGUCAUCGACAAUUAUUACUGUAGAUCAGGCUUAAAGGUGAUAAAAGUUUUUUUUCAUUUAGAUAUAAUUGUCACGAAAACCACACAAAAAGAAUCUCCUCAAUAAAGAUAUAUUCAAAUAUAAAA